UGAAGAGCAUCAUUUUGGAACAUCACCGUUUGAAGAAACAGGUUUAGGGAUGGUUUCGCAAUUCCCACUUGAUUACAUGCAUCUGAUUUGCCUCGGAGUUGUAAAAAAAAUCUUACAAACUUUUACACAUGGCUCUCAUAAACAAAAGUUUUCUGCUAAAAUGAUCAAAGAAAUAUCUGCAAAUUUAAAAACAAUAGCCAAAUGGAUUCCAUCUGAAUUUGCAAGAAAAACUCGUGAAUUAGAAAAUUUGGAUCGAUGGAAAGCGACUGAAUUAAGAUUAUUUUUAUUGUAUGUAGGUCCAGUUGCUCUACAAAAUUAUUUACCAAAGAAAUAUUUGAUCCAUUUUAUUUCAUUACAUUGUGCAAUCAGGAUUCUUUGUCACGAAACAGAUUGCAAAAGAAAUAAUAAAUAUGCGAAAGAUUUAUUGAAUUAUUUUGUGGAAAAAUGUAUUGAAUUGUUUGGUACUAAUUUUUUGAUAUAUAAUACCCACAAUUUAAUUCAUUUAGCCGAUGAUGUUUUAAAAUUUGGUCAUCUCGAUUCAUUCAGUGCUUUUUCAUUUGAGAGUUAUUUAUAUAAUAUUAAAAAAAAACUUAAAAAAGCAGAAAAACCUUUACAACAGCUACACAAUCGAAUUGUAGAACAUGUUGCAUGUAAUUUAAAAAAAAAGAUUAUUUUUUUCGAGAAACCUAAAGUGAUGUGUAAAAAUAAUAAAAAAUCCGAGGAACUUGGUAUUGCUUCAUAUAAUACUAUACAUUACAAUAAAUUUACACUAUCAACAAUAAAUAAAGCGGAUCAGUUUUGUUAUUUGCAAGAUGACACUAUUGUACGCGUUAAAAAUAUUUGUUUAAAUAAUGACAAUCCUAUUUUAAUUGGAGAAUCAUUGAUAAAUCCUAUAGGAUUUCCAAAUUAUCCUAUUGAUUCUAAGGAGUUUGAUAUUGUAAUCGGGAAUCAAUGGUCUCAUUCAACAAAUUUUGAUGCAAAUAAUGUUACCAGAAAAGCUGUAUGUAUCCCAUAUAAGAAAUCAUAUUGUUUCUUGCCUUUGCUACAUUCAUAUAAUUAAAACGAUUAUUUUAUUUCCAAUUCAUAAUAUA